AAAGAACCGACUUUUGCUUUUGAUUUUUACUUCGCAAAUGUAAAAGGCACACUCUGCUGAAUGGUGACGGUGACGGCAGCGACAACUCACAUAAUCAUGGAUUUCACUAUUAAUAACGAAAGCGCGGCUAAGACGCCAUUGAAUUGCACAUCUAAAGAGACAAAUAAUUAUCGUCGUUUGGAGAAAAUCGAGGAGGAUAAACUGAACUGCAAAUAUCCAAAUAAUAUACACGUGCCGGGUGGCCAUUCAUCAUUCCUCGAGAAGCGUUUGCAAAAGAAACCCAAAUUCUUUGAUUCUGGCGACUAUCAAAUGGCCAAGCAGAAAUUCAACAGUUCCAAAGCACUAUUCGAUACCACCGGAGAGACUAUACCUACUCCGGAAACCGUCCCUGUGCGUAAAUCUUAUUAUACAACCGAGGCUAGAGAUUCGUCGGAGAAGCUGUCCACCAGUUUUGACAGCGAGCCCAAAUUAACAUAAUACUUCGUGUACAAACACCGGUCAAUUAGUAACUAAUUUCUAAUUUGUUUUUGAAAACCCAUCGCUGUGUAUGAAAAUGUAUGGAAUCUAAAUCGGCGGUGAUUCGUAAUAAAGCAAUUUAAUUGUUUUA